AUGGCGGACCGCUACAUCGCAAUCCACGCCGACCCCAAGGGCCCAGGCGACGCCCGCCCAACGGCAGAACAAAUCGUCCGCGACGAGAACCUCGUCCCUUCAGGCCUCGCCUCCAAAACCGCCCUCAUCACAGGCUGCUCCGCCGGCAUCGGCACGGAAACUGCAAAGGCCCUCUACCUCGCGGGCGCAACCCUCUACCUAACAGCCCGCAACCUCACCAAAGCACGCAAGGCCCUCGGCGACGAGAUGGUCAACGACACCGCGCGCGUCCACCUGCUGGAACUCGACCUCGAGUCCUUCGCCAGCGUCCGCGCCUGCGCCACCGCCUUCCUCGCCAGCACAGACAAGCUCGACAUCCUCAUCUGCAACGCGGGCGUCAUGACGCCCCCCGAGGGCCGCACAAAGGACGGCUUCGAGACGCAAUUUGGAACGAACCACCUCGCGCAUUUCCUCCUCUUCAACCUCCUCCAGCCCGCGCUCCUCAAAGCAACGACCCCAGCCCACGCCUCCCGCGUCGUCAUCGUCUCCUCCGUCGCGCACCGCUUCGGCCAGGUCAACUUUGAUAAUGUGAAUUACGACGGGUGCUACGAUCCCAUGGCGACCUACGCCCAGAGCAAGACGGCCAACCUCUGGACCGCAAACGAGAUUGAGCGGCGGUACGGGGGGGCUCGGGGGGGCAUCCACGCGCUGAGUCUGCAGCCCGGAGGCGUGAUUACGGAGUUGAUGCGGCAUAUGCCCGAGGAGCAGCAGGGCGGGUUCGCGAAGCAUCCUUACCUGUCCAAGAUCUUCAAGACGGCGCCGCAGGGGGCGUCGACGUCUGUGUGGGCUGCGACGGCGGCGGCGUUGGAAGGUAAGGGGGGGUUGUAUCUUGAGGAUUGUCAGGUUAUUGGGCCGUGGGAUCCUGCUGGGGAGCAGUGGGGUCCUGGGUAUGGCGAGCAUGCGUAUGAUGUUGAGAAGGCUACUUUGCUUUGGGAGAAAUCGCUUGCUUGGGUUGGGUUGUGA